AUGCCUCUUCACAGCCACAACAUCCCAAAACUGCCAUGGGAAUCUGUUGGCAUGGACCUGUUUUUUUAUGAAGGCCGUGAAUUUGCCAUAAUAGUGGACUUCUAUUCUUUCAUUUUCGAAAUCCGUGAACUCCGGCAGAGCACUGCUAGUGCUCUGACAGUAUGGUGCACAGAAUUGUUCGCCACUCAUGGCUUACCGUCGCAGCUCUGCAGUGAUAUUGGCCCGCAAUUGAACAGCCACCUUUUCAAAGAGUUCUUGCGACAACUAGGCGUUACCCGUAUUACCACAAGCCCUUAUCACCCCCGUGCCAAUGGUAUGACGGCAAGAGCUGUACAGGAAGCUAAAAAGCUCCUAAAGAAAUGUGGGCGCAACCGGGUUGAUUUUUAUAUGGCGUUGCUAGAAUGGCGCAAUACCCCCAGAGAUGAUGUGCUAAAGUCCCCUGUGCUGAGACUCAUGGGACGGCAAAUCAGGACCCUCCUGCCUGUGUCUAACAGCCACCUGGAACCAGAAGCAGAACCUAGCAAAGCUGUUCACAACAGGCUCACAGAGAUCCGUCAACGCCAGGAGAUCUAUUACAACCACGAAACGAUGGAUCUGCCAGCCCUGUUUCCAGGCCAGCCAGUGUCCGCAUACGACAACCUCCAGCGAACAUGGUCACCGGCGGUUUUUCUGAGGCCAGCCAGCACGCCCCGGUCAGCGAUCCUUAAAACAGAAGAGGUUCGAGAAUUCAGGCGUACAAGAGAGCACCUGCGGGACAGGACAACCCACGGCGACGAAGGCCUCAGAAAAGACAACUCCCCUCGAGAGCUUCGCCGAAGCACAAGAGCUCGCUGGCAGCCCUGUCGAUACCCACAGUCUUAA